AACGGACGGUACUUCCUUAUUCCUAGUUUAUGGUUUCAAGAUUCGAGGAGCAGUUGCAUGUUUGCCAAUGUGAAUACCUUCAAAUCUGGCUGUGUUUAGUGCAAAAUUGUCAGGGGUGCGGCUCUGCACACUAGUCGUUUGUUUACAGCGGCUCGCGAGCAGCUCGUGGGAUAUAGCUACAGUGUAAAAGAGCUCUUUCGCUUUCAUAAUGACCAGCGACGUGGUCGAAAGAUUCAUUUGCUUUUGUCGAUACCUGCAAGAUCCUUGCCAUGUCGCACAAUUCCAGCAACUUUGUGGCGUCCGAGGGACAUUUACUAUCAAAUCGGACGAGAGUGAGUCGCAGCAUUCGGUCAACGGUGUGUUCUCGGGUCAAUGUCAGGGAGACAGCGCUGCUGAUGAGACUAAAACACAGGGACUUCCGGGCGAAAGGCUGAGGAAAAGAUUAAAUGAUGGGAAUGUUAAGCAGGACGGAUGCUUAGGUGAUCUGAAUGGACCCGGGAUAUCUGAUUCGGACAGCACAGAGGUGGCUGACGGGAGCGAGAAGGGUUCCAGAGACCGAGUGAAGCCCUUGCGCAGGAACUCAUUGACAGGCGAUGUUGGGCAAGAGUUCAUAAUCGAGAACAAGUUUCUCUUCUAUCUCUUCACCAUAGGUACCGAGCUGGGCAAUGAGAUGUUCUUCAUCGUGUUUUUCCCCUUCUUGAUGUGGAACGUUGAUCCCUAUGUCAGCCGGCAGCUCAUCGUGGUGUGGGCCUGGGUGCUGUUCCUCGGCCAGUCCACGAAAGAUCUGGUCCGAUGGACUCGUCCUGCCUCUCCUCCCGUGGUUAAAGUGGAGGUGUUCUACAACACAGAGUACAGCAUGCCAUCAACACACGCCAUGACCGGAACCGCGAUGCCCUUCUCUCUGUUCAUGCUAACAUACUGCCGUUGGGAGUACCCAUUCAUGUUUGGACUGAGUGUAGCUCUGUUCUGGAGUGUCCUUGUGUGCAUCAGCAGAAUUUAUAUGGGCAUGCACUCUGUCUUGGAGGUGAUCACAGGCUUCCUCUACAGCAUAUUCAUCCUGGCAGUCAUUCAACCCAUGCUGGAUGACAUUGACACAUUCUACCUAACCCACAGCUAUGCCCCCUUGGUAAUUGUCCUUGUGCAUGUUGGCUUCAGUUUGGUGGCAUUCUCCCUGGACUCAUGGAGCACUUCCCGUGGUGACACUGCCCAGGCAUUGGCCACAGCUGCUGGAACUGCUCUGGCAUCCCGUCUGGCCCACCAACUGGUCCUGCAGACAGAUCAUCCCGAAGAAGCUCUACCGCUCACCCUACCCCUGAUCGACGGAGCCUUACUGGGGCGCUCAGUCAUGCGGCUCUUGGUGGGAGUGGCCGUGCUUCUGGCUGUUAGGGCUGCCAUGAAGGUGGUGGCGAUCCCAUUGGCCUGCAAGCUCUUCGGUGUGCCCUCGGAUGACGUGCGGAAGGCCAGACAACAUGAAAAAGUGGAAAUUUCCUAUCGGUUUAUAGUCUAUGGCCCUGUGGCCUACAGCUGUGUUUUCCUGGUGCCGCUUCUGUUUGGCUUCCUAGGCUUAUCUUGAACUUCCAGUAUCCCUCUCUUCAUCUCUGUUAUCUACUAUUAUACAGUUUUUAGACAUACUCCCAGAACAUGGUAAACUCGUACAUGGCCUGGACUAAUCAAGGUCUAAGUACUAGGAAAUACUGAACUUGGCAAAGCCUUGGAAAAGCAAUGUAUGAUGCUUUGAUUUUUAAAAUGUACUGUUUCAUUUUUUUUAACAGAUUUGAGGAAAUGUUUGUUUAGCGUGAGCUCAGACUUGAGGGCAUUACUGAUGGUUUGUUCAAUAGUGAACAAUAUGUCUGCCUCUGAAAUGUUCAAAGCAAGCUCCUCUCUAUUGAAUAGUGAUUCAUAUUUUCUCAUGAAUGCCUCGCGUGUUUUCUCAUGUGUAUCCUGCAUUUGUCUUUCACUGGUUUCCCCUCAGUAGACCGACACCCACCCAUCCUGCACUAUUGGUGGAGUAGAGCCAAAGAAUAUUGCGUUGUGUGAUGCAACCAAGUUCAAACUCUAUCCAGUCAUAGAGGGCAGAUUCCUUAUCUAUAUAUCAGCUGAUUUCCAUUUAUUGCUCUCCAAAACCCCAGCGCCUUGAGUUUUCAUGGUAAUAUUGUCCUGUUUUGUAGAUUUACUGGUGCAUCAUUAAAAAUGAAUCACUUGUGCAUUAAGUACAUUUGAUUAACUGUGUAUAAAGCAAACAUUUGAUUUAACUAUAUAUAUUAUAUAGAAAAUAUGGGAUAAUAAUUAAAUACAUUAAAAACAAUUUCCCCUCAGCAGACUGACGCCCACUCAUCCUGCACCCUUGUGAUGUCGCUCCCUCAAAAAUUUUCUGGAUUGUCUCUUACAAAAUAGUCUUUGUUUUUAUUUCACCAGUGCUGUCUGCAGUUAUUUCUGUCUGUUUCCAUCCUGGGAAAGCAAACUAACCCAGGUUAAAGUUUUUGUGCAGUAAUGCAUUGAAAGAAUGAUGGGAGGGGACCUUCCUCUCAGUAUAAAUGCUGAAUACAUGAACUUCCUUUUGGAUGUUGCAUUUUAACCCCUAGACAGCUUUGAAUCUUGCAGCAUCAAAACCACCAAAUGAAUCUGACAAUUUUAAGUAUGAAAGCAUCUGAUUAAAGAAAAAUGAUCAUGAUUACACUUUUGGAAUGUUUCCUAUAGGCUAAAGUAAGUCAUAAAACCUCAGUUUAUUAAACUGAGCUUUAACAUGCAGAUGUUCUGGGUGUCUCUCCGUUUGUUCACUGCAUAAAGAGGGAUGCAUUGAAAUCAAUGUGGCUUUAUUUAAUGGGCCAGGGAAACCUUUACUGAACUUGCUUGCUUGGUCUUCUUGUCUGAACUCACCGCAGUUUAAAACAGUUUAAAAACAUUAUUAUGGCAUAAUAACAUGGCCAAAUAAAUAAAACACACACACACACACACACACACACACACACACACACACACACACACACACAAACCCCAUGUAUGUUCAGAUUCCAAUAAAUUGUCAGUAUUAUCUUGGUAGAUAUGUUGUCUGUCAUUGAAGUAAUACUCUGUACUUGCAGUCUAUUUUAUUGAUGUUUGUAGUUUCACAAGGAAGCUACCUAGUCUUUUGCCUCAACACCAAGUGUGAGCUACUGACCAGUCAUGGAGGGCAGGGCACGGCACUUCCUAAUUGCUGCCAAUAUCAAUUAAUUGCUCACUUCUCAGAAACCCCAGUGCCUUGAGAUCUUUUCUGGGCAAUUUUGUCCUCCAACUAGGCACAAGCCACCACAGCUAUCUUGUUUGUGAUGGUCCAUAAUGUUACUGUAAUUUGCAAUGUGUAGUAGUUAAUGCAAUUGGAUGCUGUUAUUUUAUUUUUUAUGGCAUGUAACCAGAUAUGUUUUUGUUUAAUGCACUUCAUGUGGAAGUUUGUAUGCAGUGCUUUUAUUUUGUUUCCAUUUUCUGGAACCAUAUUAUGUUGGGACAGAUAUUUUUGAAAUUAUUUACUUAUUCAGUUUUUAUGUUUUAAGGUUUCCCAGCAGGAAUUGCAGUAUGAACGAUGCUUGUACACCCUGCCUGUACAGAGCUUUAAGCUGUUCAUGGUCAUUUUAACUGACAAAGGGUACUCUAACUGUAAUCAAUUGCUACUUGUCUGCAGUGUAUGAAAAUUAAUAUAAAGA